AUGCUGACCGCGCUCGCCCCGCCAGCCCUGCCCGGGCUCCCAGGGCGGCUGCCCGCUGCCCCCACUCGGCGCCAGGACUCCUCGGGUUCGUCAGGCUCCUACCACACGGCUCCGGGUUCUCCGGAGCCCCCGGACGCUGGGCCGGACGCGGAGGGCUGGGCGAAUUGGCCCAGGGUGGCCCCUGUGCUGGGGGCGGGCGCGCAGCCUCGCCUGUCCGUCAGAGCCCAGAAUAGCCGCCAGCAGCUCGGGCCCGGCUCGGGUUUCCCGCGAGGCCCGGCCUCGGGCCCGCGGCCACCCCAGCCCCAGCUGCGCAUGCUGCCGUCGGGGGAGAUGGAAGUCAUCUUCGGCGCAGGGCCGCUGUUCAGCCGCCCCGACGCAGAAGAGAGCGAGGUGCAACAGCUCACGACGCGGGCCUUCCGCAGCCUCUCUCCGUCCAGGUCUGCGUCUCCCAUCCCGGACGAACCGCAGCCCGAGGGCCCCGACGAUGGCUCCCGCUGGGCCACCUUCCUGGAGCUGCGGCCUCUCGGGCCGAGUCCUGCCACCCCAGCGCAGUUCGAGUGUGUGGAAGUGGCGCUGGAGGAGCGUGCCGCGCCUGCUGGGCCCCGGACGGUGCCCAAACGUCAGAUCGAGCUGCGGCCCCGGCCCCAGAGUCCCCCGCGGGAGGCCAGCGCGCCGCAUCCCCGACUGCUCCUGCGCACCGGCUCCCUGGACGAGUCUCUGGGCCGCCUGCACGCUGCCGCGGACCUCGUGCAGACGGCGCUGGCCAGAAAACUAAGCCCCGCGACCCCUACUCCAAGCAGUGCCACCUUCGGACCCCCGGUGCCGCCAGAGCCUGCGACCCCGGAAACGCCCCGCAGUACUCGAGCGGCCCUGGAGGAGGCCAGGUCUCGCCCACAUCGUGUGUAUCAUAGUUCAGCCCCCGCCAGGACCCCACGACCGUGGCCUAGCCUCCGUGAGCGCGCAAUUCGGCGCGACAAGCCCGCGCCCGGGACCGAGCCUCUGGGUCCAGUUAGUUCCAGCAUCUUCCUGCAGUCUGGGGAGAAGACCCAUGAGACACACCAUCAGGAACCCAAGACUCGGUUCCCACGAGAGACUCCUGAUCGAACCGUCCUGAGGGCACAGAGUCCGCCUUUCCAGUCUAGGGCCCCCUGGGAGGUUUCAAGUAAGGCUGUGAGGCCGAGGAGCCCAUCACCGCUGUGGCAAGCCUCAAAUGGGACCGUGCGGGGUCCUCACUGCCCCUCCCCCCAGAACCUGUCCCCGUGGAAUCGGGCUAUUCGGAAGGUGAGUAGUCCGUCGCUCCCCGAGGCAUCCUCCGCAUGGGAAAGUAAGGAUACUGCUGUCACGGAAACUGUCAGCAGAAAGAGUCCUUCCCCUCCGACCCUUUCCCAGUGGAAUCGGGGUGUUGCCAGGGCAAGAAGCCCAUCCCCCAAAGCUCCUUCCUCGUGGGAGGUUCCGCAUCCGGCAGAUGGGGAUACAGUUGAGGGGAGUAGGAGCCCGUCCCCGCCGACCUUGUCCUCAUGGGAGACUCCAGAUCGUCCUAUUGGGACGUGGAGCCCAUCGCCCCAAGAGACGUGGGACUCCACAGUGCAGAGCUCAUCGGUAGUGUCUACGCGGGAAGCUAUGAAUGGCGUAGCCCAGAAGGAACUGGUACCGCCCCCGCCAUCUGCACCCGGGACUCCAGAGCUAACAGAGGCGCAGAGUGCGUCCCCUCGGGAGAUGCCGGAUCUUGCCUUCCGAGGCAGCCAGCUGUCGCCAGAGGUGGCUGCACCCCAGCUGCCCCUCAGUCACCUUGUGGGCACCCUGGAUGCCGAUGCGCGCCCGGAAGCCUUGGGCUCUGGAGAAGCGGCCUCGGGACGCCCGCGCGUGGCCAUUCCGCGGCCCCGCGACGUGCGCAAGAUAGUAAAGACCACGUACGCACCAACCUUCACGGCAGGCACCCCAGGCUCAGGCACCUCAGACUCAGGGCUGCCUGCGCCUCCUGCGGACCCCCGCGGGGAGGAAGGCGGCGCCUCCAAGACACAAGAGUUUCAGGCGCUGGGGCCCCCCGCCCCGGCUCACUACACUUCCGUUUUUCUCAAGGACUUUCUGCCGGUCGUGUCACACCCCUACGAGCCCCCAGAGCCAACCCCAGACACAGUCCCAAGGGACGUUACUCAGCCCAACGGGGUCCUGCGGCGGAGGGCAGAGAACAGCACGGCGAAACCCUUCGCGCGCACUGAGAUCCGCCUGCCUGGUGCCUUGGCCUUAGGCCGCCGGCCGGAGGGAACGCGGGGAGUCGUGGUGCGCGGUCCUGGCGUAAAGAACCGGGAUGCAGAGGCCCAGCGCCUGGUCCCCGACGACAAGGGUCGGACCAGCCCUCUAGGCGGCGCUCGCACCUCACCCCAGCAGUCGCCCAGAGGGCCGGCAGGGACCCAACCUCCCCGACCGCCCUGCCCUGGCUCUCCGCAGGCGCACCUUAGCUCGAGCUCUGGAAUAGCACCCAAACUGGAGACGCCCCCUACGGUCCCUGAGCCCACGGUUGCAGUCCAGGCGCCCCUCCCGCGGGAGCCCCGGGCGCAGGCUAGCAGAACGGCCCCACCCCAGCCCCGCGCUGCCUCGGCGCCUCCUAUGGACAGGUCCCCGGAAGGCCCCUCCCAGGGGGCGCGCAGGCCGUCCGGGGCCGCGCAGCCGGGGAAGGUCCUGGUGGACCCCGAGAGCGGCCGCUACUACUUUGUCGAGGCGCCGAGGCAGCCUCGGCUGCGGCUGCUCUUCGACCCUGAGAGCGGGCAGUAUGUGGAGGUGCUGCUGCCACCCUCGCCCUCGGUGCCACUCAGCCGGGUCUACACCCCGGUGGCUCUGGGCCCCGGCCUCUACCCGUCGGCCUAUGGGCCUAUCCCUGGCCUCUCACUGCCACCAUCCCCGGGCCCACCGGCCUUAAGCGGCCCCCACCUACCCUGGGCCUCCGAGGCGGGGCCCUUGGACGGGAUGUACUACCUGCCAGCGAGCGGGACCCCCAGCCCUGCACCUCCUCUGCUCCUCUGUGCUCCACCCUCCAGCUUCGGUCCCGCCCAGCCCAGCAAGGGCUCCUUAUUCCCCGUGUGAGGCCCCAGGGCCUGAUCCCCAUGGUGUUGAGGCCCAUUGAUGGCCUUGGAGGUUCUGGCAUCCAGUCCUCUGCCCUCUUUUCCUUCUGUCACCUCUUUCUUUUACCCAUCUCGUGCAGUCCUCAGACCAGAAGUUACCUUCAGAGUGCUUAUCUGAGACACCUGGGGCUGAUGGAGCUGGAGCUCAGGAAAUGGCUGCCUGUUUCCUCCCCAACAAAAUUGUAUACCCCUUUCCCAAGCAUCCCAGAGUGUGGUGUGUUGGGGUGUGUGUGUGUGUUGUGGGCUGAAAAAAAUGCAAAACGUGAGAGUUGUGAGAUAAGUUUUAUUUGGGGCAAAAUGAAAACUAUAAGCCUGGGAGACAGCCUCUCAGAUGGUUCUGAGAAACUGCUCUGAAGAGGUGAGGGAGGUCAGUAUAUAUGUGAGUUUGGUGAAGGGGAAUACAUGCAAUCGAGCACAUUGCAGUUGGGCAGAAGGUUGCAGUUGGUCACAAGGAGCAGAUGUCCAUUAAUAAUUUUAGUGCUUUUCUAGAUAUGAGAAUAUGCAAGAAAUUGGGCUCAUAAAAUCUGAAAAUGUCUAACUAUCUAAAGGCCUGUUCUGCCAGUUUUUCCCAGAGCAAAGAGGGCCUUAUGCCUGAUCUCUGCCCUGAACUCCUUUCAGGGUGUGUUUAAGGUCAGCAAUUGCAGUAGCUAGUGAUUUCAUCCUUGUAGAGGCAGAUGGCAAGAGACAAUUUUUAGUUGGCAGUGUGAGAAAUCCCAGGACAUGUCCCCAGGAGCCGACCUGAGUGGGUGAAGGGGUUUCUCAGGGGCAACAGGAAAUGGGAGCUGCAGGGGACAGGGCUGCCCCCAGAGGUAGUGAGCUGUCUGUCUUUCCCUGAAGGUGGGCCCAGCUGAGGUGGAGAAGGCUAGUGAGCACUGAUGGGAUGAAGAGAGAAGGACACUGGCUAUCUAAUCUGUUAUUCUUUGCAAGAGGGUCUGAGCCUUGGCCUGGGAGGCUGUGGGGGAAAGUGACUAGUGCGCCCCCUAGGCGGGGCUCAUCUGAGAAAGGGAGCUGUGGGGACAGGAGGUAGAGGUGGAGAGGGAAGUAAUAUGGGAGCGGCCACGGAGGGUCAGCCUGCGACUUGUGGUGGGGGGACGGGGGGAAUGUGGGGGAGGUAACUGUAGUCUCCAGGUGGGAGUACUGCCCCUCAUUUUCCCCUCAGCCCCCGCCUCUGACUUGGCUUGUCUAAGCCCUCAGAGCUGAACUGGCUUGUCCUGGGUUAGGAGUGGGGGUUCCAGCCAUUCCCACCAAGGGUGGGGGAUAGAUGAAUGCAUUGUCAGGAAAGACUUAAAAGCAGGGCGGAUGGUUGAGCUGGUUUCCCAGAGGAGACUCUUGACCUCUCUGGGUGGGGUGGAGGGUGGUUUAGGGCUGGCAAAAGAAGGGAUGCCCCUGUGAGGAGCCCUCAUCUUAUUCCACUCCCCUGGUAACAGACGUGGCAACCAUGCCGAGGGAGGGGCUGGCUCUGCAAGCUGGUCACAACGUAGGAAGGGACAGGACCCAGAACCUGUGUUCCAAUUGCCUUGAGAUUCCAGGAGCCUCUGAGGAGAGCAGAGGGAGAUGCAACCGGGUGCGAGGUACUCCGUGUGGGGGUCUGUGUAGAGUUCUGAGUGAAGUAGCUGGGCCUUGCUGGACUGGUAUGUGAUGUGACGGGUCUAGGGAAGAACAGUUAACAUUAGAAGCAGUGUCAGGGAUGGAGAUCAAUGCCUUCCUUAAUUUCCAGGCCUCUGAGGGGUCUGGAUCCCUUGGAGUCACUGCCCCCUUGCCUUGGACUGGAAGCUGACUGAGAGAAUUAUGAGUCAGAAUAACCUGACAUCUUUCUGUGGCUGGAGAUACUGGCCCCGAUGGCAAGGAGGGCCCUGGGCCACUCUUGGGCCCCUCACCGCAUCAUGGUGUGCAAUAAAUCGCUGACCCAACGGCCAUGAUGGCUGG